GCACGGCGGGGCCGCCCGCUGGGUGUGCCGCAACCCCGCGCGGUUCGGCCCGUUACUGCGGUAACCGGGAGCGUUCCGGCCGGUUGAUAACGGAACGCGGCCUCCGGUGGCGCUCAGCGACGGGAGAGAAAGAAAACGCUUUUCUCCGUAAUCAUUACGUUGUAGCAAAACUUAAACGGCGGCGCAGGGGCUGAACGGAGGGACUUUAGCAAUGAGACAGAGAACUACAAGAAACGUGUUGCACGUGGCUGUCGGAGUGUUUGUGUUGUACGUUCCGUUCCGCAGCGGUCGCUCUGUUGCCGGUGCGGUUGGUUGUGGCGGUCGCUGCGAGUUCUGGCUGUGUAAAUCACCAGCCUGAGCUCUCAGACGCGGUGCCCGAAUGGCUGCACAAAAGGUGCUCAGUAAACAGUGGCGUAGGCAUGGCUGAAUGAAUUAGGAACCUUAUUACCAUAAAGAAUGUCUGAAGACUUGCGCCGUGAGUUUGGUCGUUAUGGGCCUAUAGUUGAUGUAUACGUUCCACUUGACUUCUACACUCGUCGUCCCAGAGGAUUUGCUUAUGUUCAAUUUGAAGACGUCCGCGAUGCAGAAGAUGCUCUCCAUAAUUUGGACCGAAAGUGGAUCUGUGGUCGGCAGAUAGAAAUCCAGUUUGCACAGGGCGAUCGGAAGACACCAAAUCAAAUGAAAGCCAAGGAGGGGAGAAACCUGUACAGUUCUUCUCGUUAUGAUGAUUAUGACAGAUACAGGCGAUCUCGAAGUCGGAGUUAUGAAAGGAGACGAUCUAGAAGUCGCUCUUUUGAUUACAGCUAUAGAAGAUCAUAUAGUCCCAGAAACAGUAGACCUACUGGAAGACCUCGUCGUAGCAGAAGCCAUUCGGACAAUGAUAGGUUCAAACACCGCAAUCGAUCUUUUUCAAGAUCUAAGUCCAAUUCAAGAUCACGAUCCAAGUCACAGCCCAAGAAAGAAAUGAAGGCUAAAUCACGGUCUAGGUCUGCAUCUCACACCAAAUCUAGAGGCACUUCUAAAACAGAUUCUAAAACACACUAUAAGUCCAGCUCAAGAUAUGAAAAGGAGUCGAGAAAAAAAGAACCAGCUAGAUCCAAAUCACAGUCAAGAUCACUUUCUAGAUCUAGAUCAAAAUCCAGAUCCAGGUCUUGGACUAGUCCCAAGUCCAGUGGCCACUAAUAGUGAAUCCAUGUUGGCUUUAGGCAUGUAAGAUUCAUUUACACACAGUUCAGUUUACUUAAAUUAUCAGGAAUAUGAUGUUGCAACAGUGCUAAAAAAAAAUCUUUUCUUUGUCAGUUUUCCCUGUAGCAGACAAUGGUUAAAAUUUAAAACAGUGUGGAGCAGCCACUGAAACAGAGGGAGAGAGAGAGAGAAUGUUCUCUUGGUUACGUGUUAUGGGCAGCUACUGAAUUGAUUGUGGUGUCUCAAUGUAUAUUUUUGUAAAGAUUUGCAUUUUUAAUGCUUAGAUAUUGGUGAUGACUUGAUUGGUCGUAAUUUGCAACAUUGUCUUGUUGAAAAUGUCAUGCCCAUAGCAAUUGAUACCAGUUUGUACUGAACAGUUAAACCAACUGUUUAACGUGUUCUUUAAUGCUAAACGUGGUAAAAUGGAAAACUGGACAGCUGUAGUGCAACACUGACUGCUGUGAAAUGCAGACUGGUAAUUCUAUGUCUCCGUUGUUCAAAGGCAGGUUUCUGUAUUUGCCAUGCCCAAUGACAAGUAGGUUGUUAAAUGGAGCUCUGUGGAGAGAGGUGUUUGAAAUUCCUCUGCCAUCUGGAGAGAUGGUGCUGCUGCAGUUACUGCACGGAGAGACAGUUGGGCUUGGAAGCUCAGACUGAGGUUGUGCAGUGUUGUGACUUGUCAGGAAAGAGGCCUCGCUGCUCUUGGCCUGGCUGCUAAUACGAAACGUGUGAGGGGGGAGGGGACACCUUGAAAUGGAAAAUUAAAUUCAGAUUCCAGAAAAUGACAGAGCAACUAAAUACUAGGUUGUGUGUACAUUUUACGCAGUUUUUGUAUCUAUUCUACAUUUUAGUGAGCAGUUAACCAUGAAAUUGCUUAGUUUUUCUGCUGUUAGAUACAAGUAGAUUGUUUUGAGUUGUGUGUGUACAGUAUAUAAGAACUCAACUUUUAUGCCAAUGACUCCUGUGGUUAGUUGGUGUAUUCAUAGGUAUAAAACUGCAGCCAUCUCUCUUCUUGAGUAAAAAAAGGCUUGCUUUUAUACACUGAAGUGUCUAGAGAAGCAAGUCUGAAUCACUUCUUCCUCUGAAUGGAUAGUGGUUUAGUUACAAAAUUUCAUUUUACUUAAGAACAAGCGUUUAAAGUUGGAUAUGAACAAGAGCUGCAUUCUAGUUAUUUAGUUUCACUAAUACAGUACAUUUAGUAAAUUGAAUGUGAAAAAUUACAAAACCAGUGUGUAAUCUUAACAGUAUUUCUCUAGAAGAAGACAAGAUAUUUUGUUAUGAAAAUGGCUUUUGGCAUUGUUUUGUUUUUUUUCCUUUAUCUCAAAAAGCCAGCAGCAAACACCCGGUGCUCGUGUAGCAGUGUAUGAAGACACAGAUUUCAAACAGAUGAUUUUUAGAGAAAUGUUUUAGGGUUUGGUUUCAGUGUUUUCAGCGGGGCCUUUCAAGAAAUGCAAAUGGCUUUUAAAUGUUAGUGGCAGAACGUGCUUAGGGGAUUGAUUCUAGGAACCUUAGUACGUUUGUAGUAUUUCUAACUAUUUUCUUUACUGUUUGCAGUUAAUGUUCAUGUUCUGCUAUGCAAUCAUUUAUAUGCACGUUCCUUUAGUUUUGUAGACUUUCCUGGAUGUAUAGUUUAAAAACAGCAUAAAGUCUAUUUAAAACUGUAGCAGUAGUGUGCAGCUCUAGCAGAGGAAAGUUGUGGGAUUAAACUUUGUAUUUCCUUUCUUAUAGAGGCUUCUAAAAAGGUAUUUUUAUAUGUUCUUUUUAACAAAUAUUGUGUACUACAUUUAAAACAUCAAUGUUUUGAUCAAAAUAACUAAAGACCCAGCUUAUUUUCUGCUUGCUGUAAAUUUAGCAAACAUGCUGUAAUAAAAAAAAAAAUGAAGGAAAUACUGAUCCACUGGAAUUAUUGUAGCUUUAGAAUUUGACUCCAAGGCAUGGCCAGGAACAGAGCUGUGCAUCCCUUAUGGAGUAAAAUCCUUACUAUAGUAUUUCAGUAAAGUCAGGAAUUUAUCAUUUGUUGCCUGAAUAAAUAUCAUUUUCUAUUUUUAAA